AUGAAAACAACCACAUCUACUACCGAUGCUACAGCCAUGGGCAAUGGUAAUAAGAAAGGUAUAGCAAAUUCGUUAUCCGUUGGUGAUAUCGACAAGAACGCGUCGAAAUCUGUCGACAGAAAAGAUGUGAAUAAGUGGUCAUCAAUCGAAGUUCAACAUUGGAUAAAGGACCAAUGUAAAAAGUUUGAACUGCGAAAAGCUACAGCUGAAAAGUUCGAAAUGAAUGGGCAAGCGUUAGCAUUGUUGACUAAACAUGACUUUCUUAGACGUUCGCCAGAUGGAGGAGAAAUACUUUACUAUGCAUUACAGAAAUUAAUCAAUCCACACAAGGCUGAUGCAGCACGACACGAUCAAAACGGGCGUAAAAGCGGACUGCAGAGUCCUCAAAUAGUGGAACUUAAUCCUGAUGACGAUGAUUCAUGUAAUACCGCAGAUCCAUCGUCGCCAAAACCGAUUAUUGAAGAACCAGAUGAUCCACCAAAAAUCCACAGAUCCCAAUCUGAGACUAAUCAUAAUCAAUCGCAUUCUCAUCAUUUUCAUCCGCAUGCUUCGCAAUUCUUUUUUAAUCAAAAUUUUGUUCCGCCAACUGUAUUAACAAUGCCAGCCGGUUCUGCUGCUUCUUUUUUCCAUCAACAUCACUAUCAACAACAACGACGACGACAGGGAAUUCCGGAAGAAUUCAUCCGUGCUCAACAUCCGCAUACGCAUGCAGGACCUGCAUUUUUUCCACAUGGGUUUCAAAGCUAUCAUCCAAUGAUGUCUGCGCAAGGAAUUCUAAUCGAAAUGUUGGACGACGUCGAUCCUGCUAGUUUCAGUCCGGAUGGAGUUAAUGCCACUAAUGGAGACACUUCAGAAAACUAUUUUAUGGUAACAAUGAAUGGACAACGAUUUGUUCUAAACGAAACACAAGUUAGGCAGUUGGUCACUGAAGUUCAUCAACACCAAGCGUAUCAAGAGACUUUACAGCAACAGCAACAGUUUCAUCAACAACAACAGUUUUUCCAACAGCAACAACAAUUUCAACAACAGCAGCAGCAACAAUUUCAGCAGCAGCAACAAUUUCAGCAACAACAACAAUUCCAACAACAGCCUCCUCCUCCUCCUCCUCCUCCUCCACAACCACGACCAACAUUUCAUCAGCAACAGCAACCUCCGCCAGACGCGCGACCAACGUUUCAGCAACGGCCGCCGCCACCACGAAAUGCAUUUCCUAAUAUACCACGUCCACAAGCACCAACUCAGCCUCCACCACCUCAGCAACGCUUCUAA